AUGGGCCUAUUGUCAUCAGCUGUGUUGAUUGUACUUGGCGUAUUCCUCACCGUGGCCAAUGCCGAGUACACCGGAACAGACUGCAACCCAACAGACAGCAAUAGCUCAUGCAGCGCCGACCCUGCCCUCGGAACCGAGCACACCUGGCUGUUCAAUUCAACACUCGACAGCAAGCUAUGGGACAUGCAAACUGGCUCGAUUGACUACACAUCCGAAGGUGCCGACUUUUCCAUCAAGACCGAAAAUGCCUCCACACUCCUGGUAUCGAACUUCUACAUCUUCUUCGGGGUGAUGGAAGCACACGUCAAGAUGGCCAAAGGAGCUGGUAUCAUCAGCAGUGUCAUUCUCCAAUCCGACGAUUUGGACGAAAUUGAUUGGGAGUGGGUAGGAUACAACACCAGCGAAGUGCAAUCCGACUUUUUCGGCAAGGGCAACACAACUACCAGCGACCGAGGAGGCAACCAUGCUGUCUCGAAUGCGGAUACAGAGUUCCAUAACUAUACCUCAUAUUGGGACAAAGAUCGCCUGGAAUGGUGGAUUGAUGGCGAUUUGGUGCGGACCGUGAAUUACUCUGAGCCGUUAACUGUAUACGGCAAGAAUUACCCCCAAACGCCUUGCCAGGUCAAAGUUAGCAAUUGGCCAGUCGGUAUCAAGGGGCAGUCCGUGGGUAAUCUGGAGUGGGGUGGUGGCUAUGUCAAUUGGACUGAUGUACCCUUUACCAUGACGGUUUCCAAGAUCCGUGUCCAAGACUUCCACUCUGGAAAAGAGUAUAAGUAUACAGGACAUACAGGCUCGUACGAGAGUAUUGAGGUGAUCAGGUAUGUUCAAUCGAAUAACAGAACAAGCUCGCCUAGAUUUCGGAAGUCGUUGCUGAUGAUCAUGUUAUCCAGUGGAAAUUCGACAGCCCAAGCAGAGAUCACCAAGAAGCCAGCGAAAACAUUGAGUCAAAAGUGGAAUGAUCUUUCGGAGGGGGCGCAUGUUGGCGUAUAUGUCGGGGCCGCCGUCGUCGGUGCUCUUGCCAUUGGAGCACUAACAUGGUUUUGUAUUAAGCAACGCCGAAAUGGCAGAUUGCAACGUGCAUUGGAUGAUGGGAGUUACAAUGCCGAGCUCAGCACUCUCGAACAAACGAAGCUGAGAUGGAGGCAAAGUGAAUUGGGCCGCAGGGACUAUCAACCAGUCCAGAACUGA